GGAGGAUCAGUGUAAAGUCUGGAACCCGUUCUUCGAACACGAAGGAAUCAAACAUCACUGGCUUCCUCAUCAACAUCCCGACCCGGACGAGCGCUGCCGUCUGUCCUGCGUCUCCCAGGAGACGGCGGCGGUGGUUCUGAUGGGCCGCCAGGUGCAUGAUGGGACGCCGUGCUCCUACAACGACCCACACAGCGUCUGCGUCCAAGGAGAGUGUGAGCAUGUGGGCUGUGACGGUCAGAUCGCCUCCGACCUGCAGGAGGACCGCUGUGGAGUCUGUGGAGGAGACAACUCCAGCUGCAAGAUCAUCAAGGGCAACUUCACCCGCAGCACCAGGAAGCCAGGAUAUCUGAAGAUCCUGGAGAUCCCGAAAGGAGCUCGACACCUCCUGAUCCAGGAGUUCAGAGGGACUCCUCACAUCCUGGCGAUGACCAACACGGAGACCGGUCACCUCUUCCUGAACGCUGAGGUGGAGCUCCCUGAGUCCCGGGUGGUGAUAGAGAAGGGGGCGAUGUGGGAGUACAGCAACACUGAUGAGCAGGAGUCCAUCCAGACCACUGGACCCCUGAAGUACGGAGUCCUGCUCAUGGUUCGUUCCCAUGGUGAGUCCAAGGUCACGGUUUCCUACAAAUACAUCAUCCCGGACGGCCUCCAGUCCUCGCUGGAGUCCAACCUGCUGCAGGAGGACGCCAUCUUCUACGAGUGGGCACUGACGAAGUGGUCUCAGUGCUCGAAGCCCUGUGGGGGAGGGAAGCAGUACACGAGGUUCGGCUGCAGGAGGAAAGCUGACGGGAAAAUGGUUCAAAGGACGUUCUGCUCCAACAUCAACAAACCGAGAGCCAUCAGCCGCACCUGCAACACGGAGACCUGCAGCUCGUUACGCUGGGUGACCGGGGAGUGGGAGGACUGCAGCGCCUCCUGUGGUCAGACGGGGUGGCAGCGCCGCUGGGUCGGCUGCCAGCAGGAGGCCAGCGCUGGGAAGCAGCCUCGCUCAGUGCACAGCAAACUGUGCGGAGAGGACCGACCGGAGGGGAAGAGAACCUGCAACCGCACCCCCUGCCCUGCUGCCUGGAGGGCUGGACCCUGGACCCCGUGUUCAGUAUCCUGUGGAAACGGGACUCAAGAGCGUCAGGUUGUGUGUUCCAGUCCUGGAGGUUCAGCCCAAAACUGCAGCGACCCUCGACCAAUCACAACCCGCACCUGCCAGCCCCCUCCUUGUAGCGGAGACCAGAAGAACGCCAUCAUUCAGUGGCUGUCCAGGUCCAACCCAGCCUUCCCGGCUCCAAAGAUCUCCUCAAGGCAGCGAUGCCGUGGUGACCGCUCAGUGUUUUGUCGGAUGGAGACGUUGAGCCGGUACUGCUCCAUCGCCGGAUACCGUCAGAUGUGCUGCAAGUCCUGCAGCGAGGGGAACCUCAGCAACUCCACCAACUCUGACAACUCUGACAACUCCACCAACUCUGACAACUCCACCAACUCUGACAACUCCACCUAUUCUGAAAACUCCACCAACUCCGACAACUCCACCAACUCUGACAACUCCACCUAUUCUGAAAACUCCACCAACUCUGACAUCUUUACCAACAUCAACUUUAAAGACUCAAGCCACUUCAGCAUCACGUUCCCGUCGACCACCGACAGCAGUUUGUUUGGUUUAACCACAGAGACCAUAACUUCAGCGCCCACCUCUUCCUGGACGGACAGCAGCUUCUUCAACAGUAUGCCACCCCCCCACUCUACUGAAACUCCACCCCCGACCAGUGGAAGCAGCACCGACUUUGUGUACGUUGACUACAGCGAUUACGGCGAAUAUUCAUCCUACGAGGAACCUUCGAUUUCCUCUGAAGCUCCUGAUGUUAUUCCUACUACUACUAUUCCUACUACCAUUCCUACUACUACUAUUCCUACUACUACUAUUCCUACUACUACUAUUCCUACUACUACUAUUCCUACUACUACUAUUACUACUACUACUGCUACAACCACUACUAGAACCACUACAAGGCGUCCAAGAAGAACUGCUCCACCACAUGUAUUCAGGAGGAAAACUACCACUACAAGGCGUCCUGCUACAACAGAGACAGCUAGAGGUCAAAGUCUGGCCCCGGCUUUGUUCAGGACGUCCGCCACAAUAAUAAGACCAUCUGUCAUCGUUGUUGCCACAUCGUCUCCGAACAGGACAACUGGAGGCAGGAUCCGUCAAACUAAAACCGAACCAACGUCAUCGGCGUCUUCCUUCUUCCAGCUGUCUUCUAAGAAGGAGAACAACUCGGUGGACGAGGUCCCGUAUCGGAUCGUGGGAUUGGACGGAGACCGGGCGCAGCAGAAUUACUUUGUGCCGCGGAUGCCGCCGGUCCGCGAGCGAACACAAAACAAACGAAUCCAGCAGCUUCUGAACGAGAAACGACGGAAAGAAGUCCUGCGGCGGAACAGGGAGGGCCGGACUGACAGGAAACCUGCCGGAUUGUAAAAAACACUAAAUAUGUUUUAAUCUUCACUUGUGAUGACGCAUGUGCAGCUUGCUCACUUUCUGCUAACGCUAACGAACUCUCAACGAGAAACAGACUGCAGAACCCGCGAAGCUACCGGCUGUUGAUCUCUGGAGGAUCACCUUCAUCCUUCAUUAGUUCACAGUCAUGUUUAUAACUCAGCUGCCUUUGAAUAUAGAAUCAAAUAUCUUGAAAGUCUUACCUGUAUAAACCCUUUAUUCUGCUUCUGGUGUCCAGAUGUUUGUACCAAAUCAUCCUGUCACUAAAUAAAGCAAAGCCUCUUCCAGCAA